GAGCGCGCAGGACGCUUGAGGCAGGGCCCCUCCCCCAGUCAGGAGUCCGCAGGGGUCAGACGAGAAUCAGCAGGGGAGGCUGGGCUGUGCAGGGCUGAAUACAGCAGGCCCCUGGGGUUUUAAAACGUGACAGUCAUGUGCGUUGCCCUUCCGGACCGAAAGUCGUUGGUGUCCUUACGUCACGUGAUGAAACCUCCCGGGACGGAGUUGGCACCCUGAGGUCAGACCGGGAGGCUGCAGAUUGGGACACGUCGCGGGUGCACAUGAACCCCCUGAGCGUGGCGGUGCGCCCCCUGCGGAAAGGCCUGCAGGCGGUCGCCACCCCCGCCGCUGGCGGUGUCUGCUGGCUGUCAACGAUUCCCGCUCGACACUGCCGGCGGCAUCUGCGGGUGGUCGCCGACCCCUGGUCAGCACUCGCCCCCCUCCCCAGCCGCCGACAGCGCCAGCGACGUCUGCGGGAGCUCCCGCUUUCCACUGCUGCAGGGGGCACGCGUCAUUCAUGCUACACGCGUCUCCGAUCGGUAGACCCUACACGCGUCUCCGAUCGGCAGACUACAAACUGUUGGUUACAAAUGGUGUGGGUUUUUAUCAUGAAUCGCAUGAGCUCCCAGAGCAGUUCAUCCACUCAACGUAGGAGAAUGGCUCUCGGGAUUGUCAUACUUCUCCUUGUUGAUGUGAUAUGGGUUGCCUCCUCAGAGCUUACAUCGUAUGUUUUUGCGACGUACAACAAACCUUUUUUCAGUACCUUUGCAAAAACAUCCAUGUUUGUUCUAUACCUCUUGGGAUUUAUUGUUUGGAAACCAUGGAGGCAACAGUGCACACGUGGAUUUCGUGGAAGGCACACGGCUUUUUUUGCAGAUGCUGAAAGUUAUUUUGCUGCUUGUGCAACAGACAACACUGUAAAGAGUUCUUUGAGUGAACCUUUAUAUGUUCCUGUAAAGUUUCACGAUUUGCCAAGUGAAAAAAGUGGCAGUACUAAUAGUGAUACUGAAAAAACUCCCAAAAAGCCUCGUGUAAGGUUCAGUAAUAUUAUGGAGAUUCGACAACUCCCAUCAAGCCAUGCAUUGGAAGCAAAGUUGUCUCGCAUGUCCUAUCCAACUGUAAAGGAGCAGGAAUCAAUAUUAAAAACUGUAGGGAAACUCACUGCAACUCAAGUAGCAAAAAUCAGCUUUUUCUUUUGCUUUGUGUGGUUCUUGGCAAAUUUCUGUUAUCAAGAAGCGCUCUCAGACACACAAGUGGCCAUAGUCAAUAUCUUAUCUUCGACCUCUGGGCUUUUUACCUUAAUCUUAGCUGCUGUGUUUCCAAGUAACAGUGGAGACCGGUUCACCCUUUCCAAACUCCUAGCAGUUGUUUUAAGCAUUGGUGGUGCAGUACUUGUUAAUCUAUCUGGGUCUGACAAAUCUGCUGGAAGAGGUACAAUAGGUUCCCUUUGGUCUCUUAUAGGAGCAAUGCUAUAUGCUGUCUAUAUAGUUAUGAUAAAAAGAAAAAUAGACAGAGAAGACAAGCUCGAUAUACCAAUGUUCUUUGGUUUUGUAGGUCUGUUUAAUCUGCUGCUACUGUGGCCAGGAUUUUUCCUACUUCAUUAUACUGGAUUCGAGGCCUUUGAGUUUCCCAAUAAACUAGUAUGGAUGUGCAUUGUCAUUAAUGGCCUUAUUGGAACAGUUCUGUCAGAGUUCCUCUGGUUGUGGGGCUGCUUUCUUACCUCAUCACUGAUAGGCACCCUUGCGCUAAGCCUUACAAUACCUCUGUCUAUAAUAGCUGACAUGUGCAUGCGGAAGGUGCAGUUUUCCUGGUUAUUUUUUGCGGGGGCAAUCCCUGUAUUUUUUUCUUUUUUCAUUGCAACUCUGUUAUGCCAUUAUAACAACUGGGAUCCAGUGAUGGUGGGAAUUAGAAGGAUUUUUGCCUUCAUCUGUCGAAAGCAUCGAAUUCAGAGAACACCAGAGGAAAGUGAACAAUGUGAAAGUCUCAUCCCUAUGCAUAGUGUUUCUCAAGAGGAUGGAGAUAACUGUUGCUCAUAAACAAGAGUUUAAAGAUGGAAUGAUGAUCAGCGAAGAGACAAUCUCCUGGAAAACACCUAAGGAAUCAUUUUUCAGUGCCUAUUCUGAAUUUGUAGUGUAAAUGUUUCAGUUCUUUUGAAACUUAAAACCAUUUUUUCUUCAUACGUGCUUGUUUUCAUCCGUUUUAUAAAUGAACAACUUGAUUACAUGCAUAUCACCUAUGGCCGUAGAAAAUUCUAAUCCAUUUGAACAACCAACCUGCCUUAGAGAACUCAACUGGUGAAAUUACUUGACAUAAUCAAGGAAGUGACUGCUGUUCUGGUGACUUUUUUUUUUCUUUUUCCUUAAGCUUUCACAUUUUUGUUAAAUGCUGGACAAAAUUAGUUUUAAAAAAAUACUUUUAAAGUGAAUCAUAAACAAAUCUGCAGGUUGUCAUUUCUUACAGGCUUUCAUAUGAAAAGCUAAAUGCAUAAGUUACCUGUAGUAGGUACGGAUUAACUUUUUUUUAUGUUGUGCAAACUCUAUUUGAAUAUAAAUACAAGAAAAUAGAGAAAAUAUUUUAAUUUAUUGAAUAAAUGCAUUCUUUGCAAGUUAUUGGAGCAGGAUCUUUGUAAGGUUCUCAAACACUACACAUAUUGUCUUAUCCUGUUUUAAGAAUCCUUGUAACACAGUGGGUGCUCAUGUUUAAAAAUUUAUUAUGACCUAACAAACUGAAACUUUUAGUUUUAGUAUAAAAAGGUUAUCUAUUUAUCAUUACUAUAAGCAUAGUUGGCCAGGUACUUGAAGUCACUACUGCCACUGUCAGCGACAGAAUUCGGGGCUAGGUGGACUCUUGGCCUGACCCGGUAUGGCACUUAAUAUAUUCUUAUCUUCUAAAUGAAAGUUCAUAGUAUAGAAUCAGUCUAUUUUUAAAUGGCUUUAAUAGUCCAAAUUAUUUAAUAUUGAGAACUCUGAAUGAGCUUUCUAUUUCUGGAAAGCAUCCAAUAGUCUUCUAAAUUUUGUAAUUACUGACUCCUCUCAACCACAAUCUGAUAAGUAAUUUAAAGUCAGAGAUGCCUAAUUUAAUAAUGAAAUUAUUGUGUAAUGGCUAUUUUUGUAUGGCUCAAGUCUUCCAACCUACUGCCACGCUGCUCUAUUUGUUGAAAUGUGAUAAAUGAAUCAAUGUUUUCAAUAGGACUGUAGAUUGUCAUUGCUGUAUUUAGAAAAGUAAAAUAGUACAACUUUUGCCAGUGGAUAUAAACCCUGGAAAGAAAUACUGAUGCUAUACAUUAAAAUUAAUAAAGUAUCUGGACUAGAUAAGAAGCCCAUAAGCAUAUGUCCAGUUGUUGACUGCUUCAGUUACCCAGCGUCUCCAAGCAGAAAGGAACUUGAAAUGCUAUUUUUGGACUCUUAAUAGUUGACCUUCAGUAGAAUUUUGGCUGUUUGGCAAGAAAAGAAUUUUGAUAAGAGUAAAAAUGUUUUUAGGAUGCAUGACAAUUUCAGAGUAUGUGAGCUACAUACUUUCUGCAGGCUCAGACAAGCCAUUAAGACAUACUGGCUGUGGAAUACUAAUAGUUAUUUCCUUAAAUAAUGUUUUGAUCCUCCAUUGAGAUUUGGCUUUUAUCAAGCUAGCUUAGUUAAUGCCAACACUAAAUUAUGUUCUCCAUAGCAACUAGACAGGAAGAAUUGUGGCAUCUGCAGAGAUAAGCUUGGCAAGGCUAAUUUUGCUUUCAAACAGGUGUCUUGCAGUAUUUUAGGGAGAAUACUAAUGUUUGCUUUUCAGAUUGAUUACUGACCCAGAGUAGUAUUGAACUGUAGGUAUAACAGUCAACCAGAACCCAUAUUUAACUCUACAAGAUAUAAUUGAAAAUACAGUCAAUCAUCAAAUCCCUUCCUCGCUCCCUCCCCCCCCGGACACACACACAUCAAUAUUAAGUUGAGUAGAGAUGUACUUUGUUUUGGGAAAAAAAUAACAUUGAUGUGCAGAGGAAAAUCUCUCUCUCUGAGCACCCUAAAACGGUUAAAAUAACAGUGUGUUUAACCAAACAAUUCAAAUGCUGCCACCUCCUCACUGAUUCUUUUUCUUUAAAAUAAUAAAAUUAAUUGUUCUAGAAUUCUUAGUGCCGUUAUUUAAAAAAAGAAAAGAGAGAAAGGAAAAGUGUUAAAUACCUGAUGUGACUUCAUAAAUAUUUUGAUUAAGCUAUUGGGAGUGGUAUGUAAAAUAAAUUAUUCCUGGAAGGCCUUAGUUUUUUUUAAACAAUGGUGCCCUUAAGUUACAAGAGCUAUACAUUACAGUAUUAAUUACUGAGGCUAUGUUAUGACAUGUUACAUCGCACCUGCAUUUAAUAGAAUGUGAUGAGACUUUUUCUAUAUCAACUUGUGAUUUUUAGUACAAGAACACCUUUUAUAAAUAUACUGUCUUGUUAGAAAUGUAAAUCUUGUAGCUUUCUAUAAUAGGUGCUUGGAAAAUGCACAAGAGAUUUAGCUUUGAAUCUCAGGUACCUCUGAUAUAGUGGUGACAGGCUGAAUAUUUUUUACAUGACAUGCAACUGGAAUCAGUUUCUUAUUACAGUAAUGUGAAGGAAUUCUCUUGUUUAAAUUUUGCAUCCUCAUUGUGUGCUGGCAUAACUGGACAAUGUUCUGUUUCACUUUAAUUGGAAUGUCUUGAUUCUGACUUAUUUCCUGUAGGAAGUGCAUACACUUAAUGGAUCCUAAUCUUCUAACUUUUGAACUGAGCAUUACUUUGAAUGCUAUUGCACACGUGAAGAGCAGUGAUUCCCAUAUAUGCCUACAUAAUAGAAAAAGAAUGCCACGUGUAUAAGCUCUGCCUAGCAAUUAACUAAUUUUUGUAACAUCCUUAUGAGGCAGCUAAAUAAUUAUCAUCUUUUCUACACAUGAAGAUGUUUUUACAUAUGAGUUAUUUUCUAAAAUGUCACAAAAUGAGUCCUAGAAUUUAGGAGUCUGGUGAGAGUCUUGUGAUCUCUCUAAUACAGUGCUUUGCAAUCCAGUUUUUGUGUUACAUUCAGCUUGAUCCAUUAAAUACAGAAAGCUGCAUUAACUUCUUACUGCUUGUAUCUGCAGUGCAAAGCAGUUAAACACGUGUGAUCUCAAGCACCUGAGUAACCCCAAUGUAGUGUCACACAUGUGAUUCAACACUUUGCUGGACUAGUGUCUUCAGUGACCACAUCCUUUAAAAUGCCCAAGGACAUUUUAAAGUGAAGGCUGAAAAUACAGUAUUGCACAUGUUGGGCAUGUGAUACUUGACACUGUGCUGCUUGUAUGCAUUGCAUGUAGCUGUAACUGUUUGCAUUGCAUACCUCUCUAACAUACCAGGCAAGAAAAGUUAGAGUCUGAUGAUUGAUUUUCCUUGCCUUAUGCCAUUGUAAUUGCCAUUCUGUCUUUUGCUUAUCCCAACUGUGCCUAGGUAUUGCUGUUUACUGUAGUAAUUGCUUUAAUUAAGGUGUCAGAGUGACGACUUUGUGACACCUGGCUACAUAUUUAUAAUUUUUUGAAAGAAAAUGCUGAUUAUGUUGAAUUUUGCAAUUUUUGAUCCCUAUUUAAAAGAGACAUCUGUCUUGGAGAAACAAGUGAAUUGCACUGAGCCUAUUUUAAGUUACAAGAAGAGAAAGGAUUAGAAAACCGGUUGGAUGCAAGGUGAAUUUAUGCAUGCAAAGUCUAAUUUAGCAUUGAAAUAGCCUCAGGAAGACAGACUCUUAACUGAUUUCUUAUUGCUUCAGUGACUCUAAAUAAAAUUAAAAGGCAGUAAGUUAAUGUUAGGAGUUAAGGUUUCUAGUGCAGUGCUGAGUGAUAGGACUACACUGUAUUCAUAUUUUUUAUCCCAGUGUAAACCCUUAUGAUAUUACCAUUUUAAAAAAAAAGAUCUGUAUACCAUAAUAUAUGUUGCCUCUGCUAUUUGUUAGGUUGGGUGUUUUAUAUUUUAUUGGGGGGGGGAGUUGCAGCCAAAGCUUUAUCUCCUAAUAUUUCCUGGCAGGGUGUGGCAGGUGGAGUGUGGGAGUGUGUUCAGUUUCUCUUGCCUCCCAACUUUCUGCUGAAGUACCACUACUAGUUCUUUGUGCUGUAUAUAAACUGUCUCAUGGCAUUAUCUCUAAGAGAAAUGGAAAUGAUUUUCUACCAAGCACAAAGUGAUUACUUAUACCAAAUGGGGUGAUUUAAAAACAAAAUGGCAGUCAUUUGUAAGUUUCGUUCAGCUGCUUAAUAUCAUAGCUUUCAUAUUUAAUUUCCUUUCAGAAAAACAGCUGCAUACAUAGAUUUAUACUUCAUGUGGUUUAUCUGCAUGGUUGUACCUUACAUCAUCUGCACAGGAUAACAUAGCAGUUAAUAGGACCAUGCUGAUUUCCAACCUUCCCCCCAGCUGCCUCUGUACCAGUGAUAAUAUAGUGAUGCUAAUAUUCAGGGUAUUCUAAUCUAAUCUAAGACAUAACUGAAGCAGAAUCCCUGAUUCUGGAGUGGAGUGCUAGUAUCUAAGUACUAACACCAAUAUAUUCCUUAAUAUAAAUGAAAUUUUGCAAAGGACAGACCAUUCAGUAUUUUUUCUUGCAGAGUUACUUCCUGAGCUAACUUAAGAUUUGAUCUAAAGCCUACUGAAGUUUUUAGGAGCCAUUCCAUGGCUAGUCAGACCUACUGGCUGCUGACACACAUUUGGUUAAAAGUGUGUUGAGAUUUGAUCUGUGAUCUCCAAAUUCAUGCCUCCUGCCAUUCUAAACAUGCUUGGCAGCGUGCACAAUUUUGGGAUCAGGGAUGAGACCCCAAUCGUGCCCUAUUAGCCAAUACAGAGGGAACCCAGGAUCAUGAUCCCAGUUACCCUCUGGACAGGAAAAGGUGCCCAGCAGUCAGCUGAUUGUCAGCUGGCUCUAGAGACUGACUGAGCCGGUUUGAUUCCCCCAGGGCCAGCCCCUGAUCAGCUGAUCAGUAACUAGCAGGGACCACGCUGGAGGCCAUUAGAGCCCCAGUGUGGUCCACCUGGCCACACAUUCAUCUGCCAUUUGAAAUCAGCCACAAAUUUUAUUACACAUUUUUUUGUAAUAAAUUUUGUGGCUUUCUUUGCGUUUUGUUGUGCCAUUAAUCACCUGAAUUUGUGGCCAGGCAACACUAUAAGAUACAAUUAACUGGUCUUAAUCGCAUCUAAGUAACAUGGUCUAAGUAACUGAUUUAAGUAACGUCUGCCAAGGACGAACUGAAAGGCUAUCUCAAUCAUUUUGAUCUUUCUUUCUGUAUAGUAUUUCCACAUGCGGUUUACCUUUGGAAUAUUCUUUAUUAAAAUAUUGCAUGGUAUCAGUUAAUGGGACUUAAUGCAGUAAAAAAAAAAUCCAGUGAUCCUUUAAAAGCAAUCAUUUUCUUCUUCUCCAAAAAAGGUUUGUGUAGAAAGGCAACUAUUAGUCGUUCAUUUAUUAUCUUCCUUACAAUUGCUGUACUUCUGUGUUUUUUAAAAAAAUGAAUUUUUGUUUUAUAUUAUUGGUGGGUUUUGUUUGUUUUUUGUUUUGUUAUUUUUGUUGCUGUGCACCUUGAGCAUUUUGGCUAGGAAUGCUCCGCAAAGAUGUGAAUAUCCCACAGAGUAAAUAUGAUGCAGGGAUGUUUGUAUGGUUAUUGAUGCACAAUUUGAUGUUGUUCCGUUAUAAAAAUACCUAGUCCCAUGCUGAGGGCAGCUAGCCUAGCACUAAGUGUAUAAUAUGCAAAUCCCUACAUGCUCAUCAGUUACAGCCUAACAUUUUACAGCUCGUGACAGUAAACAUGGCCACUCUUCCCAAUUGCUCCAUCCUUUUUAUCACUGCCCUUAUAAACCUGAUGUAUUGUUUCAGAGGGAGAUUUGCCUUGCCUAAUGAGUAAUUGUUAAAAAAAUUAAAUGAUAAAAUUAUUUUUUCUCCUGUCUUCUACAUACAGAAAUAGAAGGGGGAGAAGGAAUCCAGUCUUACACCAGGCAAGGGGUUUCAUUUUUUUUAAAGGUAAAAAUAAGUUUUAAAAAUUCAUUGGACAGAUCACAACUUUGUCGAACAUCUUUUAGCUGCAAAAUGGUGAGAGGAGGAGAACUCAUUAAAACAACAGUUGUAAUUAGGAAUGCUUGCUGUUAACUUGGCAAUAACUGUAUCCUGGGUUAAUAGACCCCUCUCCAUUUGACAUUGGAAACUUAUUUAACACAGAAUGUGGGUACAAGUUCAGUGAAUGCUCUAGAGUUAACUGAGUAAUAAUGUUGAAAUCUGGCCUUUGAAUCUUAAUUGUUUAAUUGCAAAUUGUGAAAGGCUUGGAAGUACUUUGAUUAGACCAUGCACAUGCUAAGUAAUUUUGAUUCAGUUUUAAAGCAACCUGAUAGAUAAAACUGUGAUCCAAUUGCUGGUAAAUGUCCUGUGCAUUUAGGUUUAAAAGUCAAUACCAAAUUGGGAGAGGCAGUUUAAACAAACUUACAUUAAACAUAGUCACUUAAUCAACCUAUUGUUGACUUCCAUGUUGAACUUAAGGUAAAUCUGAUUUUAGCACUGGCUCAUGAUAGCCAAGUGAUUCCUGGUAGUGACUUUAGGUUUGAUAGCUUGAGGUAGAGAUGUAAAAGGUGAGCUUAUUUCCAAAACAUUUUUCUUUAGCCUUUUUUUUUUUUUUUUUUUUUUUGUGAUAGCAGGUGGAUAACUAAUCUUUUCAAAUCUUUUAGAAUUUAAAGAUGAUCAAAACCCAUAAUUUUUAACUGGAAAUUUUUUGCUGCAGAUUAUGGCAUUAAAAUGUAAUAAAAUUGAGCUCUCUGCAUCUUGAAAUGAUUUGAGAAGCAAGACUUAAAGCAGACAGCCACUCUUGAGUGUCGCAAAACCACUAGAUUGAAAUGAUGAAGAUACUGUGCAUUGUUUGUAUGAAGUGUUUAGAGGUUCCUAAUUAUUCAGAUGUUUCAAAAGGACAGAAGUUCUAGGUACACAUCUUCUAUGAAAUAUUUUUGUGUCAACAUAAUUUUGUAACACAUUUUCCUUAGUGAGACUAGAGCCUCAAUUGCUGGUCACUGAUGCAUAUUGCAUUUGCACUUAAAUAAAUCCUAGUUUCAAAGUGUUUUAAACCUUGAUCUAUUUUUGAUAAACAGAAAUGUAGCAUUUUUAUCUGAUUUCCAGUCAGUGAUGAAUAUAUGCAUGGAGAGAAAAAUAUUAUACUGACUUGACGCAGUGAUUUAAAACCAAGAAAGCAGCAGGAUGGCACUAGAAAUUGACAUAAAGAUGUAUGUCUCCUAUGGGAACUGUACCUCCAGUUCCUUGCUUGAUUACCAAAUUAUGCUCCCCAUUUAGUCCAGAUUCCAUGCUGGUGAAGCAGAGACUAGAUCCUUGCCUUUACUUUUUAUGAGUAAAUACUGGCUUUAACAGGGACUUCCUUUGUCUGUUGCUUCAUUUUCUGAGGGACGUCAGUUAAAUUAAAUAGCAUAGUGUUGUAUUUUUUAAACCACAAAAAUUAAAAUCAGAUUAAACAAUUAAUUAUUUUGGAAUUUGGAUGGUAUGAGUAGAGGUCUAAGAAGUAUAGGCAUAUAUUAGGAAUUUCAAACACUGCUUAUAUAUUU